UCACUUCAGUUAUCGUUUGGCGGUCCGGUCGGUACGGUUCUUGCUCUCCCGAGAUAAAGAAAGUAAAUAGUGAAGUGAAUUAUAGUGCUCUAGAAGGACUCUAGCUCUGGGCUAGAGAAAAGUGUAACAAACAGUUAAUCAGUUUGGAUAAUGUUCCCGUGAUUUUUUUUCUUCAUAAACGAAUAGUGUUAGUUGUUCAAAAAUGAAAUCAAAAGUUUUGAUUCUGAUCUGCUCAUUUCUUGCCAUCGGUCAGGACGGCCAUGCGUUCGAUAUAUUUCCAUUAGACAAUGAGAUUGUGUAUCGGCUGGAAACGGAUGUAACGUUGGUGCCGGAUUUUCAGGCCCAGUCUAACUACGUUUGGACCCUCGUAGGACAGCUGCGGGUGCAGCGCUAUGACCCGAACAACCUCGCCGUAAAGAUCGACUUGAACAGCUUCCCAAACCAGAACAACGUGAGCGCCCUACUCGAACCGUUCCGGGUGGCCAUCGCGAACGACAGCUCCGUGUUGAGUGUCCUGUUCAAAGCGGAUGAACCGAUCUGGUCGGCCAACAUCAAGCGAGCGGUUGCAUCGCUUCUGCAGGCGCACGGUGACAGUGCCGGGGCUUACGUGGUAGACGAACAGGGAAUCUUCGGUACCUGUCCAACCGAGUACUUCGCGGUGAACAAGUCCAACCUGUUUGAAAUUUCCAAAACCUACGAUAUGGGGCGGUGUGAUCCUUACCCAGGGGCAAUCUAUCUGACCAGAAGCAACAUUCCGUUGAACAUUUGUCUGGCGAAUAAGCAAAAUCAGGCGAUGACCUCCCGAAUCGCGAACUACAAGCUGAGGAAAGUGGAACCAUUUCGAUACAUGUUGCUGGAGAUGGACGGCACUAUGAGGACUAAUGUGCGCACAUUCGAAUCGUACUAUCCGCAGUUUUUGUACACCAAGGUGCAGAUCAAGUAUGAACGUCACACGGCGAUAGUGAAUCCGUUAAAUGUAGUUCAGGGCAUGUCGUUGCUGUUCAGUUCGGUUCUGUUUGUCAGUCCAGAGGCAGAAGCAACCGGUGGGCGUAGCCCCCGAUCGCAGGACAACUUGGUCAAGAAAACGGCCUCUCUGCUCAGUACCCUGGCUGACAAUCUGGAAUCAAUUGAUACUAAGCUGAAGGAACCGUACGAUGAGACCGUGUCUGAGAUCAUCCGUCUUAUGGGGACGAUGGAUUUGGCGACGUUGAAACUUCUGUUCGAAGAAAUCGACCUAGGAACGUCGUACCGGCAGGAAACUGCGAGAAACAUUUUGCUGGAAAUUAUCCCCCGCACCGGAACGUCGCCCACAAUCCUGCUGACACGGGAUCUAAUCAUCAACCAACAAGUGAAUCCAACAACCGCUGUGCAGUUAUUGAUUUCGUUGCCUUUCUACAUGGCCGAACCGUCGUACGAAUUGGUCAAGGAGUGCGAAGUGUUUCUCAGCUUCGGUGCGGACCGGCCGGACAUAAAACAUGCGGCCGUGCUGAGCUACGCGACCAUGAUCUACAACACCUUUGUGGCGGGUAAAAUGACCGCGGAUUUGUUCGAGAAGUACGUCAAGAUUUACUUCGAUAUGUUUUUGAACAGUUUCGAGUACGAGCAGCAGAUGCUCUACUUAGAAGCCCUCGGUAAUCUGCAGCUGGAGAACGUGGCCGAGUAUCUGGAUCCGAUCAUCAAGGCGGACUACGCACAGAACACCGACAUCCGUUUUCUGGCGAUGUGGGCUACGAUGCCGACGGCUCACCUGAGACCGAAUCAAGUAUACGAAACUUACUGGCCAAUUUUCCACUCGAAAACAAGCCCGCUGCAGCUCCGGGUGGCGGCCUUCACGAUGCUGCUAGUGUCAAACCCAACGCCGGGUCGGCUGUUGGGGCUGUACAGCGUUAUAAAAACGGAGAAUGAUCCGCACAUGAUCAACUUCUACCGGACGACGGUACUCAGCAUUUCCGAGACCACCUAUCCGUGUUAUCAGCAUUUGAAGCAACUGCUAGCCUACAUGACACGACAACUACCGAAGGCUCCCUCGUCUAAGUACUGGGUUACCGGAAACUAUCUGUUCGACUACAGAGACCGCAAGUUCCACAUCGGUUCGAUGCUGCAGGCAAUGCUAAUAGGAAGCCAUAAAACCGAUCUCCCCAUGGUCGUCUACGCGAAGUUUGAUACGGAAGCACUGGGUCGUUUCACCGGUCAGCUAGGGCUCUACAUCAAAGCCCGCGGUCUCACCGACGCUGUCCUGCAGCGUCUCUGGAAGCUCAACUCCAGCUACCUGAAACUGGAACGGUUAACGAAUAUCCUCAAAUCCAUGAAGCUGCCCGCCAUAAGUCCAACGCCGUUGCACUUCGAAUUUAUCGUGCAGUUCGAGGGCAAAGCCGUGCUGUCCUAUCAUCUGAAUCAAACCACCUUCCAUAAUCUGACGGAUGGCGAUCUAAUCAACCGAAUCAACUUCCUACUGCGCGAUAGUCACGUCAACAUGCAAAUCGUCCGGCGUCCGUUUAUGAUCAAGUACGCCCUGCCGACGUUGAUCGGCACCCCGGCGGACAUCCUGAUCGAGAACACCAUGCUGGCAACGAUCCGCGGAAACACGACCCAACAGAUGAUGAUGGACAAGGUGGCCCGCAGCAAUCAGGUCGAUAUACGCUACUCUUCCUAUGCGGUGGUUAAGAUUCGUAGUUACAAUCCGAUUGAGGAUAUCGAGUAUUCCACCAUUCGAGAGCAGGGCUUUUUGGUUUACAUUCCGAUCAACAACGAGAUCGUGUGGGACAUUGCGAGUAAAUCGAUUAGUUAUGCUUUCUAUCGACCCGACGGCCUUACCAGUGGAAUUUCGUUGAAAAGUAGAACCCGAAAUACGCCUUCCGAUUCGAUGUUCCUGCGAGAAAAGUUGGAACCGAAGGAAGAGGAGAUUGCUUCUUUCGAUUAUGUGUUUGAAGAUUUGGGUGUUCAGUUUAUGGCGCGGGCACAUGAAGAUUACACCAAAGACAACGUGAUGUUUAUGUUAGAAACGGACGUUUUGGACAAUGCGAAAGUUCUCACCAAAGCGCCCUUUUCAUUGGUUAAUCAUCUAUUGCGAUUGAUUAAUCUUAUUCAGCUCAACACAAUUCAUAUCGGUAGAGAUAAACAUUUAACGCUGCUGAUUUCGAACAAACAAAAGACUCGCCUUCAGGGGACGCUCAAAUGGGAUGUGGAGAACUAUUCCCGACAGACUGACGUACAGAUGAACGAGGUAUACCGUAUCAAUUUGAUUCUGGCCCACACCAUUCCAAAACCGGAAGGCAGUCGCGAUGAGGUUAAAGUACUGCAUAAAUGGGAACUCACAUCGCAGUUCACCGACUACAAGAGCAACAACGGGGCCAAAUUUUUCUUUUCCGUUACCCGCCAGGAAUCGACCAGAGACAGCUGGAAGCUCUGCCUUUUCGCUGACUACGAGCCGCUAGUGUUUCUCAAGCGACCCUUCAGCCUGACCGGACACAUAGCCUUCAACGAUACGCGAGUCCCGAAACGCUGCCCUGAGGUACCGCGAAUCACGUUCAACGUUUCCUACCAUCUGCCCAAGUAUGUGCACGAUUUCUACAACAUUCUGGACACCGGCGAUUCCAACUGUCCGAAGGAGAUCCUUCGACUGUCUCCACCGCCCUUCUCUGGCAACUGCAGUGCUGAAACGUUCGCUCCACUAACUACGGUUUCCGGAUUGGAUGCUAGCUUUAAAUUCGAAAAGCUUCCCAACUGGAUUGUGGAGUUACUCCAUCGGCUGGACCAUUUGGCCUCGGCAGUAGUGCCUCGACGGGUUCAAACGUUGAACAUCACCGAUCACUUGGACGUGAAUAUCAAAACAACGCGAUGGAGCAGUGACACGGACAUCACCAUCAACGGUGGAACCAUUUGGAUCCCAACGCGAUACUAUUACAACGAGAAGUUAAACCAUCCAAAGAAAAAUAGCAUGGAUUAUGGUCUUACCAGUAUAUGCAGUUUGGUCAAUCACAAGCUAACCACUUUCCACGAUCACAUCAUCCAGCUGUCGCCGGAAGUUAAACAGGAGAAUCGUUUGAAUGACUCCUUCCUGCUGGCGGCCGAUUGUUCCGAUAUUCCCAAAAUCGCCGUGUUUAUGCUGGACAAUGGUAAGGGUAUCCAGAUCUACACCGGGGGUAACUAUGUCGUGUACGAGACGACCAGCCAGCAGGAAUCGGAUCCGAUUCUAAACGUCAACGAUGAGUCGUUGAUUAAUUUGCGAAACGUCGUGUACCAGUUUCCGGUCGAUGAGGAGAUCUAUGACUUUAGAGUUUACCUGAACGACGAAGAUGUGCUGAUUGUGGAGAACGAACUGAACGGUGCCGUGGUGCAGUACGAUCGGAAGUCGAUCGUGAGCAUUUUGUUGCCCACGGUACACAAGGGCCGAAUGUGUGGACUGUGCAGCAGCCGAGCGGGGUCCUGAAGUGAUGGCUGGCUGAAUCAAUUGAUAUAUGUAUUUGAAUCGUAUUCCGGUUUAAGCUUUUUCGUGCGUUGAAGUGAAUAAAACUGACUACUUUUUACUAUGUUAGGAAACAUAUUAUAAA